AUGGCGCCAUUGGUGAUUGUGGGAACUUGCAAGAAGGCCAGUCCACGGCUCCACGUUGACAACUGCAUUGCUGGGCGUUUCCAACUGAGCGCAUCCCUUGAGCUCGUCGAGACCCUUGUUUAUUUCGCCUUCUGUGUAGUCCAAGAUGAUCUUACAAACAUGACAGGGCAUCGGAGGGACUGGACGAGGAUUCCGUCGAUAAAGACGCCUUGGAAGACCGAUGUCUUGGCCCGUCCCAUGACGGCCAGGGUACCAAAACCAGAGAACUGGGCGCAACUUCAUUUCCUAAAAGAACGUGAGAGAAUGGCUGCUGUCCGAUAUUGCCCGUCUUCUGUUGAACCCACCGAGGGCAGAAGACCGAGCCAAGUUGUACAGCUGCUAUGUUUCGGAUCAGCAGGGACUGGUCGUUGGAGGAAUAACUCAAAGCAGAGCGUCGCCGUGUGCAGAGCGGAUGGCGCCGCCUAUCUAAGAAGAUGCGCUGCUGAUCUGAUGGGGGUUAUUGUCAUGAUGUCGAGUUGCCAACGAGUUGAUGACCGGCUCCCAUCUCUUUACACCUUUUACCUCACGUUGAAAGCCCAUCUUACGGCGACGAACUUUAUCACUCUCAGACAGUAUGCCCGUCAUGAUGCAAGAAGGGGAUUAGCUGCCAAGAAUGCGAAUAUUGGCAUUCUGCACUGCCAAACUCUGCUUUCCAAUCAUCGUGCAGUUCAACUGCCUACUCCACCAUUUUCUCACUUCUUACCAAGCACGAGAACAGAAGACAAUAGCGGCCUUGUGUUGCCCAUUCAAGGCGGGCGUAUCCCGUGGCCUCCUCCUCGCCUCUCACGAGUCAUCGAUGCACCAACGGGAGAACGUCUUGCUCUCAAGAGAAAGGAGAGAGCAAGAUCCGCUAAAUCAAGAACUCAGCUGGUAGCUACGUCUAGCCAGACACCCAGCAGGUCAGCACUCCCUCUAGCCUUUCAACGACUCCAUAGCGUCAUCGACGGCUACCGGAAUCCUUCUCGAUAUCGACCGACGGUUGCAUCUUGCCGAACUCUUCAGAUCGCCCGGGUCAUGUGGCAAUCUUCGCCAUUGACUUAUUUUGCACGAAUGAAACUGUUUCCUCCGUCUCCGAAUGACCAUACGGAAAAGCCACCGACAUGCCUUGAAGAAGAAGGCACAGUAUCCGCAUUGAUCGAGGAAGGAAAGAUAUUAGAUGAUCAUCAGAAGCGAAAUCGGCGCUUUGCUCAGUCUCGUAUUGCUAUGAGCUUCGAAUCAGUUGCCAAUACUUCCAGAGGUGUUUUUCCGAGCAUCCACUGGUCUUCAGUUGACUAUCGAUACAACUCCCCUAUCUCUCCGAUAGUCGAGCAGCCUGAUUUGAGAACGUUUCGAUGCUAUGGCCCAAGUUCUCGUCCAUCAUCCAUGGGUACUGGCAGCACACGUAUGAGUGGCCUAACAGGACAUAGAACGGAGUCAUCCCAUGCUAACCAGUGGUCUCCUCGGUCGUCCGGUACUAUGAGACAUAAAGGCCUCUACCUAAACAUUCCCUCUUCUUUUCCCGUCAACUCUCAUGCAAUGGCGGCCGAGCUCAGCCUCAUCUUAGAUACCUACCCCGAAGUCGACAUUGAUAGCGACCUGGGUUAUCGCAAAGUAUGUCCCUCGGAUGUAAUGAAGAGUCAGGAGCACAAGAGUGCGCUUGGUCUCAACUCUCGAGUUGGUCUUCUCUUUCAUAACGUAGGGAGCGGACGACAUAAAAUGCGGGGUCGGUCCGGCGCCGGUCACGGGUCUCACGGGUUGAAUCGGCUGACCCCUGCUUCCCCUCACAUCGCCGUCGGCAUAUCAUGA